AUGCUUGUCUUGGCUAGAACCGUCCCUCGUGCUGCUGAAAAGGACCUUGGUAUCUUACAAAAUGGCCCUCAUCAUAUCUCUCGCAAUACAUCUAUUCAUCAAGGACAUCCUGUCAUUUUCGCUCAAUCCCCAGCAGCUCAAGGUUUAAGUCACCCGGUUUCACAUAUUUCGAACGCACCUCCCGAUCAGUACAGCAUCAAUGUCAGUUGAACAAUAAGAUUCCUUUCCCUGUGAUUUAAAAUACUGACAUCCUGUUUUAGUGGGCUGGACUUGCUUAUGAAGCUCCUGCCUCUGGCCAACGAUUUACCUUUAUUGGGGCUUAUUUAGUAGUGCCAGAAUACAGACUCCCUCCCAAUGCCGCUGAUGCAACAUAUCUGACCGCCCCUUGGGUUGGAAUUGAUGGUAUUGGACCGCCUUACCUCUUUCAAGCUGGUUUCACAAUCAGUAUGACAAAGCAGGGCGGUAAUGUUGAAACUGAAGCAAUUGCAUGGAUCGAAUGGCUUCCUCAAGAAUCUAUUCCUGUUCCCGAGUUCCAAUUUAAACCAGGAGAUACACUUGAGAUCAGAAUCUUUUCUGAUUGGAAUGCUGCGACCCAUGGUGUAAAAUCACUUUCGUCAACCACAACACCGGCCAACGGGUUGACAAAGAUCUUGAUGCACCAUCCCCAGAUUUCGCUCUCACUGGGCGUACAGCGGAAUGGAUUGUGGAAAAGGUUUACCUUGGCCCUCAACAAGGAAGCCUCCCCCUCACUGAAUUUGGUGCCAUUCAUUGGCCAAACUGUUACGCGGAAUCUAAGCCCGUUGGCGGUGGCGAUAUCGUGCGCUACGAUCUCCUUGGCACAACCAAAUACUUCAUUGGCGACGGAAGUACAAUCUGGACUGAUGUUGCUAUCUCGGGUCCUAACGACUUUUGGUUGGCAGUAA